UUUGUUCUUAAUUUAUUUAAACAAAUUAUUAAUUACAAAAUAUAAAUUUAAAAAUAAAAUGCCCAGUGAAAUUAUUACCCUACAACUUGGACAGUGCGGAAAUCAAAUUGGUUUCGAAUUUUGGAAACGUUUGUGUCAGGAGCAUGGAAUUUCGCCUACAGGUCUUUUGGAAGAUUUCACCACUGAUGGUUUAGAUCGCAAGGAUGUGUUUUUCUAUCAAGCCGAUGAUAAUCAUUAUAUACCAAGAGCUGUGCUUUUGGAUUUGGAACCACGUGUCAUACACACGAUAAUGACUUCGACCCAUGCCAAGGUGGGUUGUAGCAAAUUGUGA